UGCAUAUCCUCGAGGAGGACCGUUGCAGGCCGAGCACCUCACCCCUCUGCAGUACCUGGAACCCCACACGAAUGUCCCUCGCCCCAACAUCUGCAAGUGGGUCAAGGCGGAGAACGAGAUCGUGGCGGGCGACGCAAACGAACAUUAGUAAGGGCCAGGCAGGUUUUCGAAAAAAGAGGGGGUGCUUAGACCACGUAUUCACGGUGGGGAGAAUCAUCCAAGGUAGAAAGAGGGCGGGAAAGCCGACGUACUGCUUCUUCCUGGACGUGAAGAAGGCAUACGACACAGUAUGGAGAAAUGGGCUGUGGAAACAAUUGUCCAAAUACGGGAUCAAGGGGAAAAUGUGGAGAGUGCUGAAGAAGAUGACAGAGUGUACGAAAAGCGCGGCCAUGUUAGACGGAGAGCUGUCUAGAUUCCUCGACAUUGAGCAGGGGGUCCCACAAGGUUGCGCGCUGUCCCCAACAUUGUUCCAUGUGUUCAUCAACGAUCUGUUGCAAGUCGUAGAGGCAGUCCGGAAGGGAGUAAAAGUAGGGGACACGGAAACGUCGGUUUCAGGAAUGCUGUUUGCGGANAGAAGUNCAUUGGAGUUCCAACCCCUACGGUCGGGAAGAGACGCGAGGAAGUUGACAUGGCAGUAUCGCAUGUGCGGGAUGGGAGAGGAGAGGUUGCCGAGGAUUGUAUGGGAGGCGAAGUGGGCAAACAAAAAGAGGGGUAGACAACCCACGGAAUGGGUCAAGGUUGUAGAGGACGUAUGGAAGGGGCUCGACAUCGACGAAGAUGAAACGCUGGAAACGGAGGGUCUACAGGGGUUCAAGGAGAAGAUAUCUGUUGCUUGUGCCGAGAGAGAAGAACAGAAUCUGAGGAAAGAAUCCAAGGAUAAGGAGGGUCUAGAAGUGUACGGAAUGUUGAAGGAAGGAAUAGGGUUCAAGGACUACCUACAUGGACCAAUGGAUGCAGGAACAACAAAUAAGGUCAAAUUCAGGACCGGGGACAUAGGCCUUCGAGAACGUCGACGAAGACAUAGGACGGUAGACGACGAAGUCGACGAGUUCAGCUGUGAUUGCGGCUUCGAAUGCGAAGACCGUGUUCAUGUAGUCGCGAAUUGUCAGUGGUACAAGAAGGAGAGGGAAGUAGUGUACGUGACUGAGCUGGAAAAAAUAGAUGGGACGUACAGGGAGAUGUUUGAGACUAGGGAAGACAUUUUUGAGCCACCUUUGGCAAAGUAG